AUGCUUGCCCGUUGGGUAACCGUCAAGGUUGCUAGAGACCCGAGAAGUGAUCGACAACCACUAGGUGGCGAUCGCAGUCCAGUACCACCGAACAAGGACCGCGGCCUGCUGCCGCUGGUUCCGUGCGCCGCCGCCGCUGUUGCCGUCCGCACAGCCAACGCCUGUCAAGAAAGUAUCGAUGGACCGGACGCAAACGGAAAA